AUGACCUUGCUGCGCUAUCGUGACCGGUACAAUGCGCUUGACCUGUUGUUGAUACGCGGUCUUGCGGCCAACACCGGCCGCCUCGCUAACAUCGCCGUCGGUGCGAUUAUGGUCCUCGGCGGUAUUGCUCAGUUCUUCCCUACAUCGCUGAGCGCGGUCAUCGUUGGCGUGUACGUUAUCAUCUUCGGUCUCAUUGUUGCUGGAUUGGAGUUUCUUCCCCAGGUUCCCGAUUACGUGUACCGAUACGCGUCCUUCCUCUUCUCGUUCCUGGGACGUGGUAUCUUUUACAUCUUCGUCGGCUCGCUCAUGCUGCAUGGUCAUGUCCUGCAAUAUAUUGCCGGUUCGAUUGUCGGCUUCACCGGUGUCGGAUACCUUGCUCUGGAGUUCAUCCCUUCCAUUGAGCCCCCAGCCAACAUGCGAGAGGCCGACAACACCUGGGGCGCUGAGCAGGUCUAAGAUGUGGGCAUCCAACCGCGCGUGACCCCCUAGACCGAUGUUGCGCAAGAUGUGGGCUAGUCACUAGAGCGCAGCAUAUUAUUGAGAUAUGUGAGAGCUUGACUAUACUGUAUUAUAGCAACUACAUGCGGAUUAUGUGAACACAUGCAUUGAGGAAUGAAAUUAGGACGGAGAGCUAUCAUGAUCAGACCUGGUACAUGUGACUGCCUAUGAUAAUAGGUCCACUGAGAUUUUUUCCUGGGCACAGUCAGAGGGCAAGAAGAUGUAAUCAUCAAGGAGGGGCCCUAAACGGAUAGUUACUGACUAGCCUAUAUUAUUAAAGGAACAACAGGCACUGCUUACUUUUCUGGAGAUAAGACCAUUG